AUGACAAAGGGCUUUUCGAGGCUUGGUGGCGCCGUUGCGCUGGGUUGGCUUGCUGCCGAGGGUGCGGCGAGGGCUGUAGGAUAUACGCCCAAGGAUUUUAUCAAGCCGUAUAAGAGAGAGGCGUUGCAGGAUAUUGUGACCUGGGACGAACACUCGCUCUUUGUCAAUGGCGAACGCAUCUUCUUGUAUUCGGGUGAAGUCCAUCCGUACAGACUGCCCGUCCCGGAUCUCCACCUUGAUAUCUUCCAGAAGAUCAAGGCACUCGGAUAUAACGGCGUUUCCUUCUAUGUCGACUGGGCUUUGCUUGAAGGCAAGCCUGGCGUCUAUCGCGAGGAGGGCGUCUUCGAUCUCCAGCCUUUUUUCGACGCUGCCAAGGAGGCUGGAAUUUAUCUGAUUGCUAGACCUGGGCCUUAUAUCAAUGCCGAGGUGUCUGGCGGUGGCUUUCCUGGAUGGCUUCAGCGUGUCAAUGGCAUGCUGAGGACUCGUGCUCCGGAUUACCUGGCUUCAACCGACAACUACAUGAAGAACAUUGGCGCUACAAUUGCCAAAGCCCAAAUCACAAACGGAGGCCCUAUCAUCUUGGUCCAGCCAGAGAAUGAAUACACGCAGGCCACCAGUGCCAUUCAGCCAUUUCCUGAUCCGGUCUACAUGACCUAUGUUGAAGACCAAAUCCGCAACGCCAGCAUCGUUGUGCCCCUCAUCAGUAACGAUGCGUCUGCCAAGGGAAACAAUGCCCCUGGUAAGCCCGCUGCUGUUGACAUCUACGGUCACGAUGGCUACCCUCUUGGUUUCGACUGCGCGAAUCCCACCAGAUGGCCUGAUGGCAAUCUACCCACCAACUGGCGCCAGUUGCAUGAGCAGCAGAGUCCUACUACACCCUACUCGAUUGUAGAGUUCCAAUCUGGUAGUUUUGACCCAUGGGGCGGCCCAGGCUUCGACAAAUGCGGCAUUCUGGUGAACGCAGAGUUCAACCGUGUUUUCUACAAGCAGCUUUAUAGCUUUGGUGUUACGAUUUUGAACUUGUACAUGACAUUCGGAGGUACCAACUGGGGUAACCUGGGCCACCCCGGUGGUUACACAUCCUACGACUAUGCCGCGCCCAUCGCCGAGGACCGUCAGGUCGACCGCGAAAAGUAUUCUGAGCUAAAGCUGCAAGCCAGCUUUCUGAAAGCCAGCCCGACAUAUCUGACUGCCUCGCGUGGCUCAGCGUCGACGUCUACAUGGACUACGACGAGCGACCUCAGCGUUACGCCUGCGCAUGGCAACAAGACCAACUUUUACUUUUUGAGGCACGCAAAGUACAACUCGCUUGCGUCGACGAGCUACAGACUACACAUUUCGACCUCGGCUUUUGGAAACAUCACCGUGCCACAGAUGAGCGGGACGUCGCUUACGCUCAACGGACGCGAUGCCAAGGUCCAUGUUAGCGACUAUGAUAUUGGUGGCACCAACAUUGCCUACUCGACUGCUGAGAUUUUCACCUGGCACAAGUACGACGGCAAGACUGUGGUUUUUGUUUAUGGCGGAAACGGAGAAACGCAUGAGCUUUCAAUCGAGGCUACCGGGCUCGAGGUUCUCGAAGGCGAUGUACAGAGCGUGGCUACCCGUGGCCACACGCUCCUCAGCUUCAAGGCUGAUGCUACGAGAAAGGUUGCCAAGUUGGGAACUGACAGUCCCGUCUAUGUGUACAUGCUCGACCGCGACGAAGCGUACAAAUACUGGUCCAUUGACCAAGCACCUCAUGACUCUUCAAGCCCCGUCAUUCUCAAGGCCGGCUACCUCAUGCGUACAGCCAAGGUCUCUGGUGACACCCUCGCCCUAACUGGAGAUGUGAAUGCCACGACGCCCAUCGAAAUCAUUGGUGGCGCGCCGUCUGGUCUCUCUAAAUUGACUUUCAACGGCAAGGAUAUCAGUUUCGAGAAAUCCAAGGCUGAUACCCUGACCGCAACUGUCGAUUUCCCCAAGCCCGACCUCAAUCUCCCUGAGCUAGGCAAACUCUCAUGGAAGUACAUCGACUCGCUUCCUGAGAUCCAGCCGGGAUACGACGACAGCAAGUGGACCAUUGCCAACCUGAACAAGACAUACAACUCGCUCCGCGCCCUGACAACGCCCGUCUCGCUCUACAGCUCCGACUAUGGUUUCCACACAGGCACGCUUCUCUACCGCGGCACCUUUACCGCCACCGGCUCCGAGACGACAUUCGAGCUCUCGACCCAAGGCGGCUCCGCAUUCGGUUCUUCAGCAUGGAUCGGCACCCACUUCCUGGGCUCGUGGCGCGGCUACGACGCCGCCAUGAACUGCAACUCGACCUUCACGCUCCCCAACCUCACCAAAGGCCAGAAAUACACAAUCACCAUCGUCAUCGACAACCAAGGCCUCGACGAAAACUGGACCAUCGGCACAGAAACAAUGAAGAACCCGCGCGGCAUCCUCAACUACAAGCUCGCGGGCCACGCCGCCGCAGACAUAGCCUGGAAGCUCACUGGAAACCUUGGCGGCGAGGACUACCGCGAUAUUUCACGCGGACCCCUCAACGAAGGCGGCUUGUACGUCGAGCGCCAGGGCCUGCAUCUCCCCGGCGGUCUCGCCGCCCCAGACGCUAAAUGGCAGGAUACCGCUGGACCUGUUGCCGCGGGUCUCUCCGCCCCUGGCAUCGGCUUCUUCGCUACGGAAUUCAAACUCGAUAUCCCAGCCGGCUACGACGUGCCUCUUAGUUUCAGCUUCACCAAUACCACCACCACCUCUACCUCUACCUCUACCUCUACUACUACUGCUGUUGCUGCUGGAUCCAGCGUCCCGGCUUUCAGGGCACAGCUCUACAUCAACGGCUGGCAGUACGGCAAGUACGUCAACAAUGUGGGUCCUCAGACUAAAUUCCCCGUUCCCCAGGGUAUUCUGAAUUACAGCGGUACCAAUUAUCUGGGUGUUUCGCUGUGGGGACUGGAUGCCGGCGCGACUAAGAUGGCGGGCUUGGAGUUGCAGGUUGAUGCGCAGAUUUGGAGUGGCAUGGCUAAGGUGGAGACGGUUGUUGGAGAGGAGUGGAAGAGGAGGGAGGCGGCGUAUUGACAUGGGAGUGUUUGUUGAGCCUGUGUGUAUUGGGAUUCCUUGUACGUGGUCUAGUCAUGUCAUGUGCAAUGUAUCUAUAAGUGAAUGAAUGAAU